UCUGGUGUCCACUCGCCUCAACCACUGUGCCAGGGGUGACUGCAGUGAAAAAUAAAAACAAAAACGGAAAACCCAGAAAAAAGCAAAAAAGGAAAGGAAAGCAGAAAAACGGGAUAAACGUUUGGUGGCUGGAACACGAACACGAAGUAGUGCUUUCUUUUAGUCACAGCCACCACCCCCAUUAGCUCCCUAUGGGCACGCGAUACUUUGCCAAUCCGUUUCCGGAUUACGGCGGUGGGCCGAUACAGCGAUGCGAUGACCACAUCAAGGGACUGAUCCAGUCGUACGUGAAUCUAAUCGUGGAAAAUACCAAACCGGACCGUAACACCGACCAGCGAGGUGAUUUGUACGUGGGCGAUGCAGGUAUCGCGUACAUGUUCUUGAAGCUGCAUGAUGCGGGCAUAUUCGGGCAGGAAGCGUUACAGUACGCGAAGCAGUACAUAGUGAAUGCCAAAGCACUGGCCGCACGGUACGCGGCCCGACCCGAGGAACGCUGCUCCUUCCUGUGCGGCAAUGCGGGCGUGUACGCGGUGUCGGCCGCAAUCGCCCACCGGCACAAUGCGAAGCAGGAGAUGGACGAGGACCUGCGCUGCUUCGCGACCGGCAUCGAGGUGUGCAAGCGGCUCGACUUCAACAAGAACGGCAGCGACGAGAUACUGUUCGGCCGGGCCGGCUACCUGUCCGGCAUGUACUGGCUGCACCAGACGAUCGAGCGAAAGCUCUUUUCGCAGGAAAUUCUAACCGUCAUCUGUGCCACCGUGCUGGAGAGCGGCAAGCGGCACCGCACCGGACUUCUACCUCUUUACUAUCAGUGCUACGGGGACGAUUACCUGGGCGCGGCGCACGGUACGUCGGCCAUCAUGCACAUGCUGCUGGAGUCGCCGCUGCAGCAGAACCUGAGCAGCGUGGAGAUGUCGCUGGUAAAGAACACGGUCGACGGGCUGCUCGGUUUGCAGGACAGCGAGGGCAACUUUCCCACCACGCUGCAGGACUGCGUGAGGCGUACGCGCAGCGAAUCGCUCGUGCACUGGUGCCACGGUGCCGCCGGUGUCGUCUAUCUGAUGGCGAAAGCGUAUCUGGUGUUUCAGGAGCAGCGCUACCUGCAGUCCUGCAUCCGCAGUGCGGAUCUCGUCUGGCGCAAGGGUUUGCUGCGCAAGGGCCCGGGCAUCUGUCACGGGGUGGCGGGCAGUGGGUACGUUUUUCUGCUCCUGUACCGGCUCACGUCCGAUCCGAAGUAUCUGCACCGGGCGCUCAAGUUUAUGGAGUUUCUAACGCACGAGGAAUUCAUCCGCAACGCUCGGAACCCGGAUUGCCCGUUUAGCCUGUACGAGGGUUACGCCGGCACCGUGUGCUUUCUGAUCGAUCUGUUGCGCCCGGAAAAGGCCGCCUUUCCAUUUAUGGACGUGUUUGAAAAGAAAUUCUAAAAUCAAGCGUUGUAGCAUUAUUAUCUAUCUUUCUAUUUAACAACCCUACCGUUCGGUCGGACAACUGGUGGGUCCGUUGGUUGCGAUCACUAGGGGCGUCUUCCUUGCGAGUGGUGGUGGUAGGAGGCGGGUAGCAGUAGCAUCAUGCGAGGAGACGACAGUUUACAUGUCGGUACAUCGAAUUGGAUGGAGCAAGGAUCGCGGUACACAUGUACACAUGUGCUCGCAACGAGUCAGUAGUAUAUGUAGCAGUAUAUAGAAAUCAUGUAGGCACAAGCAACAAAACCUGUUGGGUAUCUAACGAAAUAGGCAGCAAAAUAUGGUAGCAGGCAUUCCCCGAGUUUAGUAAUAUUCUGCCGUGCUCGUAAUCUUUCUAACUGUGUUGUUUUUUUAUGUUUUCCUUUUCUGAACCUGAAAGUGAUCAUGACGAGGAAUCGCACAAAUUGUGAACGAAACGAAACGAAGGAUACAAAUCAAUGCAAGACUAAAACCAAACACAUCUUCUCGAAAUGGCCACCGUGUGGUUUUCGCUAUCGCUAAGCGGACGGACGCUAGUAAUAAUAACUGCCAACAUAAUAAGGAACUGUAGCAAGCAAACCCGUGUAGGAAAAGCGGAAAAAUGGAACAGUAUUUUGCAACAAAACAAAAAACAAACGACAAA